UACUGCUGUCACGCCAUGUCUGUGGGCCUGGGGCAGUGCAAGAGCAGUAUAAAGGGAGGUCCUUCUCCUCACUGUCUCAUCCACUCCUCUCGCCUUCAUCUCCUUCGGUACCAGGGUGAAAGACUGCUCUUCAUCCACAGUUUCUGCUCAGCUUCUCCCUUCCCUCUGUGCCAGGUGCACCUGCAGCCCCAAGACAUGUCCUGCUACACCCCGUGCCGGCCCUGCCAGCCCUGYGGCCCCACCCCGCUGGCCAACAGCUGCAAUGAGCCCUGUGUCCKRCAGUGCCARGACUCCACCGUGGCCAUCCAGCCCUCACCCGUGGUGGUGACCCUGCCUGGCCCCAUCCUCAGCUCCUUCCCUCAGAACACCGCCGUGGGAUCCUCCACCUCGGCUGCUGUUGGCAGCAUCCUCAGCUCUCAGGGAGUGCCCAUCAACUCUGGGGGCUUUGGCCUCUCUGGCCUGGGCAGUGGCCUCUGUGGCAGGAGAUGUUUCCCCUGCUAAAGCUGCUGGCGACAGGUCCAGAAAACAAACCCAGGGACUGGUGAUGGAGCAUUGGCUUGUUUCUUCCCGA